GCAGUGGCUCUCCCACUCCUCUCAUUCCUCCCUGAGCCAGCCAGGGAUUCACAUACCGCCUGUCUGCUGCCUCCCUGCUGCCCGUCUGCUUGCUCGAGCGCCACGCUCUGCUGUUCUGCCUGCUCCCUCGCCCCCAUAUGCAGCUCUCCGUCGGGGGCACGGCUGACAUCCUCUCCCCCCUACACCCCCUCCAGUGCGACACAGCUCCGCGGUGCAGACGCUCGCUGCCUCUCAGCAGUCCCCCGCUCUGCCUGUUCCAGCUCUCAGGUUGUAUCAGUGGAAAAUCAGCACAUCGGCGAGUCAGAGAGAGUGACUGAAGCAAAGAGGGAGAGAGAGAGAGAGAGAGAGAGAGAAAGAGAGAGAGAGAGAGAAAGUGCCUGGAUGAGGUGCAGGAGUCUACUCUCUCUCUUCUGGUCCGUUUGUACGUACAGAAGGGUAGACUGAGAAUUCUUCCUCCAGGAAUCAGCCUUCCUUCACUCUGUAUCUCUUUCUCUGUCAAUCUCUGGGACUCUCAGCAGCGGAGGAGGGUAGAGAACUGGAGGCACAAACCACAGGACUUUGCAGACCGUCAAGUAUCGCCUUGCUAUUUUUGCUUUGCUCUCUCGCCUUCCUCCCAUACACUACUCCUCCUCUUCCAUCUCAAACGCUCCCCUGCCCGCUCCAGCCAGCACACCCACCCACACAAACACACAUAACACACGCACACAGCCGCACACGCUCGCCCAGAGUGACUAUCCAAGGGCGGUCAGACAGACGCAGCAGAAUAUGGAGUCCAAAGGAAACGGACGGUUCUCUCUGUCCAGGUGCAUGCGCUCAGGAGACACUGUUCACGCCAGCGUGGUCGUCACACUUCUGCUCGUGAUUUGGUGUGCUCAGGCGCUUGAGGUGUCAGUGGGGAAGGUGCCUUUUGUGGAAGCAAUGAACGGCAGCACAGUGCUCUUACCCUGCACCUAUUCCAGCUGCAUCGGUAUUAAGAACCUCAACUUCAACUGGCACUACAACAACAAUGGGUCCAUGAUGAAGCUGUGUAAGGGAGUGAUUCCAAUAGAAGGGGUGGAGCCGCGUGUCCAGGUGUUCCAUGAACGGAUCGAGUUUGUGGGCUCAAGCAAAGACAGCAACAUAUCCAUCCUGCUAUUCAAUGUGACCUUCGAAGAUGAGGGAGAAUACACUUGCUUCGCCAAGAACCCGAAGGAGAAGGACCGUAACCACAGUGCCAUCUUUACUCUCUUUGUGGUGGAUGAAUUGAAAGUGGUGGACAACACUGUGACUGUCAUCAUCUUGUCUGUCGUGGGUGGAGUCAUUGGCCUGGUCAUCGUUGUCAUGGUUAUCAAGACUGUGGUGCUCUUCAUCCUAAAAAAGUCGGCAGAGAAGAAUAAAGAGUGCCUUGUGAGCUCAGGACAGGACAACACAGAAAAUGGCCUCAAAACAGCCAAAGCGGACAACAAAGCAACACCAAAGGCAUGAAACAUAUGGGCCUAUAUGUAUGUAUAGAUGUGUGUAUGUACAUAUACAUAUUAUAUAUGUACACAUGCAAAUAUACUGAACAGACAGAGAAAGAAAAAGGUUAUUUAUUGAUGAACUGUUUAUCUUCUUUAUGUAAUAACACAAACAAAUGUGAAAUACAAUGUAAAAUGUAUAUUUUGAGGAAAGGGGAUCGUCCAGGCUGGAUCAGACUCAGUCCAAUGACACUCUCCCUUAUGCAGGGAGCCAAAAAUGCCCUCAUUGAACUACAGUAUAUUUAACGUUUACAGAGUCCUUUUGACAAAAAAAGGUUUUUCCUUAAAAAGAUAAUGGAGAACAAAUUAUAUACAGUAUCAAUUGUGCCUAUUUAAUAUGAUACACAUUAACUAAAAUGUGUUAAUUAAACUAUUUUACCAACACAUACUACAGUCACUGAGGUAAAGAUCGUUCAUUAGAUCUACAUCCUGAAUCAAAAUACUUUUCUUAGGCAUUUGAAGGCUAAGCAGUGGGCUGUUUUAUUGUAAAUUGGCAUUAGUCUGUGGAGGAAAGGAAUGUAAUGAAGAAGAGGAGAAUGGAGGGGUCAUUGGAUUUAUUGAUAGAUCGAGUCCACCACUGGUUUGAUUCUUGUUUUGCUUUAGAUGAAACACAGGUGCCUGUAUUCACAUCCUGCUCUCUUUGCUUUUAGGGAGCCAUAAUAACGCUAUUAAAAAAAGAAAAGAAAAAACACAGAAAAAUAGAAACAGAUGAAAACUAUAAUGACCUUGACUAAAGACAAUCCCCAGAAACCCAUCUCCCUCUAGUAAUGAAUGAAAUGUUAUGAUGCUGCUUCUAACAAAUAACCAAUGCAUUUUUUAAGCAUGUGAUCUUUUUUUAAUUAUAUUAAUAUAUAUAUAUAUAUAUAUCUAUACUUAUACAUGUAUGCAACACAUUCAUACCACAGGAGAGGCUGCUGUCUAGAUUACGGUCUGUGUCUGUAUGUACAGUGAAUCUGUAGGCUCUUUGUCAUUUAUUCACACCCAUGCUGUGUUAAUAUAGUCAUUGGCCCAAUUUAACAUUAUUCCCCCCGACUUCAACAGCCUAAAACAUUGUUCGGUGGCCGAUGCCAACAACCAAAUUUGUUGGCCAUCUUCACCUCCUAAUCUUGUGUAGUUCCAGUAUUCAAAACGGCCCAUGACAGCUGUGCAUGAUGUCAUUAUUUAUGAAUGUCCGCUGUUGUUCCUCAAAAUACAACUGUGGGAGUGUGAAUCUGAAAUAUGGAAUGUAGUAUUACAAAGAUCAAUUGUCCCUUAUGACUCUGCCCACUGAAUAAUGAAUGUCCUAUUUCAUUCUGUAGUGCAAACCAUUAAGUUCUGAAAGCUAUAUUCUCCCAUCACAAACCAGGCCAAACCUUAACAUCCCAGUGUUAAUGUCUUUGUUUAAUUUCAAACACGUUUCCAAUCUCUAUCUUUUACAAUUCUGUGUUGCCAUUUGAAAUUAACAGCUAUAAUUGCAUUGAUCGAACUGUGAAUGAAUGUGAACUUCGUAAGGUUUUCUGAGGUGAAACUGAAAUAGGCCCCUCCACCGCUUAAUUUCCCCUCUCCUAGCCCAGGUUUAGACACUGUACAGGGAUUAAGGAAGAGGGGGAUUCUGUUGACUUGGGUAUGACUGGCACUUUACUCUUACAGAAUAUCCUUAUGAACAUCUGGAAUGUGGCUGAUGCAAGUAUAUGGUGAAAGCAUCUUAGAUUAGUUAGUUGUUGACAACUAGUCCAUCCAGGGAUAAUCCUUUAUAGACUACCCUCAGUCUCUUCCCUCACUCCCUGUUGAGGUCAUCGCCUUCAGAAUGGUCUUCCUCAUCACUUCACAUAACAGCAGCUUUUAGAUUCAGGAACCCUGGCGAUGCGGUGCACCGGGGAUUGAUUGCAGACAGAGCACUGCCGCGGUCCUACCCAUAUUCCGUGGUUGUGAUUGUCCUUAUUGGGCCACCAUACUGUAUUAGUGGCACUGGAUCUACCUGUGCCAUGUACUGUGAUGUUUUAACAUUAGAGAGCACGGGCUGACUUCAUACCGCCACGAAAACAGCGGGUCACUACGAAAACACAGAGGUUGGCAUGGGCACGGUCUGACCUGGUUGACUUGCGGUCUUACGCUUUACCAUCACCGUGGUUACCAUGUGCACCUGUGAGCAAUAAGAUCCACAACUUUAAUGAACUUGUGUGGCUGUGAAACAGAUGAUGCAAUAACCUGCUCAUUAACCUAGAUAUCGGGUAUGGCGGCGUGCUGAAGGGCUAUGCACUGAUGUACCAACUGUCUCUAUUGAUGGAGUCCAUGUCUAUUGUAUUGCCCCAUAGAAAAUUUGUCACACACAUAGAUACAGCCACACACACAGAAUUGGUUGCGUGUAAAGUCAACGAAGCAUCACUACUUCUGAAAUUGGAGGAAAUGCAUGCCAGCCCUGCCUCAGAGAGUGAAGCAAUACUAUUCAGCUAGUCCUUUUUCAGUGAGUCAGUCAGUAUCCGUCAUUACUAUUCAGCGGGUCUUUGUCCAUCAGUAUCCUUGUAUAAUGUAUUCAGAAGGAUCAUGUCGAUGAAGACAUUGAUUCAUCAGGCUAGUUGUUUUAUUUGUACUGUGUUGUUUGCGGAGUUGUUUUCUCAUCUGUAACUUUCACCAGACCUGCGAAUGUCCACAAAAAUAUGUUGUCUUAUUUUCACAUUAGUAAUAAUACUAUAACAUAAUAUAUAGUGAUAGCAAUACUAUAUAGUAUACUAUACAUUAUGCUAUAUGUAUUAAUAUUGCAUAAUUACUGCAGUAUUUAUAUAUUUUUAUUUAUACUUGCAGCACCGUCAUUCUUCCCUCUUAUCUGCUUGAGUAUCUGUAGAACAUCGUCUGUUCAAGCCCCUUGUUACAUAGAGUUGCACUAGCUCUGAGCUCGACUAGCCAUGUCUGGGCCGAGAUCCACAAGCUCUGAGCAUGAUUGUGCAUGUCUGAGCUUCCGGACACAACAGUGAGCGAACUCUGUGUUGCUGUAGAGGGCGUUCGCACAACCGCAGUGAUGCAGUGUGGACUGCAUGUCGUGGUAGAAUGAAAGCUCAGGCCUGCCUCAGUGUGGUGCAUUCACACAGCUUGUGUAAACCAGUGCUCAGACACGACACAGAGAGCUACAGUAGGGGUGGGGCUAUUAUCAUAGGAUUAAUGCAAUGUUAUUAGGCACCCAUUCGAUUUGAUUAACUGAACCCUAGUGCAUGUAGUGACAGAGCACAGACAAGCAGGAUGCAUCUGAAAAAAGGUAAAGAAUAAUAUAAAGAUCAAUAGCUCAUGUUCAGUGUUAUCAAAAUACUUAUUCACCAUGACAAAUCAACGCUUAUAAAUGUUCUGAAUUCUCUGUAACUGAAAUAUGAACAACACAAUUAGCUACACACAUUUAUUUAUCCAGUUUAAAGACUAGGGACAAAAUGUAUUCUGUCCUAAACAUUGUUUACUACAUCAGAUGAUAAUCUGAUUUGUUACUAAUAUGGUUUUCCUGGGGCCCACUGCCUAAACGACUCCUACUCACACUGCCAAGCCAAGAGUUUGUGAAGUCUGCUCUCUGCUUCCCACAUUCCAGUGCAGAGAAUACCCAGAGUAGACCUGCAGUAUACAGCAGAGUAGAGUAUGGUAUCUCUGGGCAAACUGCAUUUUAAAACUGCUUUUCUAAAGGCUUGGCUGUGCCAUUUUAGCCCACCAAUGCUAAAAAAAAAACAUUGAUUUUAAUCUUCUUACAAUGGGUGUACAUUUGUAGCCAAUUCAAGCUACCCCAUUAGUUUACUGUAUAUUAUAACAGAUAGGAAUUUUACACUGAGCUCAUACGUGGCCAGAUCACUGCCUGUUAGGAUCAUAGGUGUACACCGUUUUUACCCCAAUCGUCCUCUGCACCGAGGAGCUACCCAGGGUCGCGAAAGAACUCUUUUCACUCACAGGCCUCACCUACAGGGGUUAUUGUCUGCGGUUGCUAGAGCCACCAAACAACCGGCCUUGUAGUGACACGUUCACGUCUCUAUAACAGAUGACUGAGUCCAGUACACAGUCUGUAUGUUCGAGCUAGACAGUUGCACUUCUUUGUUCUGCUAAAUUGUAUAAACUGUUAUUAGCCCAAACCGAGGCCUGGGGCAAAUGUGGCUUGUGCAGCGGAAAACAACUAGCCUACUUAACCGCCAAAAUACACGCGCUUACCGUGAAGCCCUGACUGGCGUUAGUCCUUGGCAUCCGACACAAUGUUUCCUUUAAAAUCUCCAAAAGUGAAUGUGGAAACCUGUCUCCCCUCCCUCUGAUUCCUCUGUUUCUGUAACAAUGUCCCCCCAUCCUCCCUUAUCAUGACUAUGCACCUCAAUUGUUUUUUUGUCUCUGGAUUGUGACAACAACAAAAUAAGAUGAAAAAGAAAAUAAAAGUUUGCAUAAAACGUGU